AUACAGGUAAGGUCCUACCUUUGUCAAAACAAGGAUCGUACUAGGGAUGUGAGAAAUGAAAAAACACAGCCAUGUAUUUAAGAGGCACAGCUCGGAGACGCUACCCCAUGAGAGGAGCGGACACACGGCUGUGGUGGAGGGAAAUCUGCUGCAUGUGUGGGGAGGCUGUACGUCGGUUGCUUGCAAAGACCUCUAUCUACCCGGUGAUGAAAUCUGGGUGUGUAACUUAGAGGGAAUUUCAUGGAAGGUGUUUCACAUGACAGGUGAAGUUCCUCCAUCCAUGUCUGGGACCUGUGGAUGCUCACUGAAUAGCCAUAUGUACAUAUUUGGAGGUUUUAACCGCAUUGAACAGACAAAUCAGAUCUACUGCGUCAACCUGACAGAUGGUAAAUACAGAUGGAGAAAGAUCACACAUGAGAUCGGUUCUGCUCCCUCACCUCGAGAAAAACUAUCCUGCUGGGUUCAUAAAGGAAGGAUCAUCUACUUUGGAGGAUUCGGUGAAAAAUCACUGGAUGAUUUUGAUGGCAACAACAAAGCCUUUACAGUAGACGAAGUAUCAUGGUUAGAGGAUGUCAUCUGGGGAUGGAACAAUGAGGUUCAUAUAUUUGACCCCAUGUCCACCAGUUGGAGUGAACCCCAAACCCAUGGAUGGGCUCCAACUGCCCGAGAAGCCCACGCUAGUGCCUCACUUGGUUGUAGAGGAUACAUUUAUGGAGGCAGUGUCAUGGAAACCAGGAUGAAUGACAUCCACUGUCUGGAAUUUGAGUCAUGGACGUGGUCAAAAAUAAUGCCAGUGUCCGCCACUCCAGGGGGCAGAUCGUGGCACACACUCACAGCAGUAUCAGACAAUACCUUGUUCCUGUUUGGAGGUCUCAGUGUGGACUGCAAAUCAAUGAGUGAUGGAUGGUUGUUUGAUGUUGAAACAAAGAAAUGGAGAAAAGUUGAGCAUCCGUUUAAGACUCAGCCAAGGUUGUGGCACACAGCAUGUCAGGGUCAAGACUCUGAUGUGGUUGUGUUUGGUGGGACUUGUGACUACACUUUAUGUACUAAAAGUCACUGCAAUGAUACACUCAUUUUCCAAAUGCAGCCAUAUCCUCUAUACAGGAUAUGUAAGGAUUACAUUGCAAAGAAUGUGACGAACUGCAAAGUGCUCAAGAAUCAGCUUCCUCUCCUGCCUCCCAGACUCCUGACAGAAGCACAGAGGAGGAUGUCUUCAGCCUUCAAGCCUUCAACGAAGCAACAGCACUAGUUAAAGAAACUAUAAGAGACCUUUAUUUUGUGUUCAUUCUGAUCUCUGUGGACAAUCGUGGUUGUAUUACC